AUGGAUCAAAGCCAUGGGAUUGGUGCUUGGGAUUCGAGUAGCUUUCCCACCGAAGCGUGGGACCACCAGUUCGGCGCGUUUGAUCAGGCCGCUGGUGCGGAGAGCAGCUACCCGAACCCGGACUUCCUCGACGGCGGCGCUGUGAACCCUCAGUUGUCCGGAACUGACAAUCAGGGUGGCCUGUAUCGUCCCUUCGACUACUAUGGUCAGGGUGACGUCUGGUCGGACCACCCUCAAAGUACGGCGGCACCAUUCACUCAAGACACCCCGCUACCGCAAGGUUAUUUCGGGGAGCAACGCCACCCAGUUGAUACCAAUCAGACAAUCGACAGCCGCUUUGCCCUCGAUAUCCAGCAAGGAAAUGAGUUUCCAUCUCAGCUUCACAGCAAUAUCAGCCAGCAGGUGAAUCCUCAUCACAAUUUCAACCGUGGAGUAGCUAGCCCACCUGGCCCGGCGCCGAACAGCUACCACCAAGGUCCAAUUCCUCAGUGGCAAGAACAAGUGCCUACGGGGUAUGGAUCUGGGCCCCAGUUUGAGAACCCUCUUAGUGCUGUCCAGUCAGCCAACGUAUCAGCCCCGGCUUCCAAUGCCUCACCAUCACCCUUCUUCUCUGGCCAAGGCGUGAGCGCGCCAGCGGUCUCGGGGUAUCAAACAGAGGCGCGCCAGCAAACCCCCGUGAAUUCCCGACAAGUUCACCCACAGUUUGCGGCAUCGCUGGACGGACAGUCGCAGCAACCCGCCCCUUCGCAGCCUCCUACACGAAAGCCCACACCCCAACAGCUGCCUCAACAGCUGCCUCAACAGCUCCACCAGCACAUUUCCCAGCAGGGAAUGCCUCAACAGCAGCAAACUCAGCAACCAGCUCCGAGGCCCAUUCAGCAAGCAGUUCAGCAACAAGUAGUUCAGCAACAAGUAGCUCAGCAACAAGUAGCUCAGCAACAAGUAGCUCAGCAGCCGAUCCACAAGCCCGCUCAGCAACCGGGCCAACGACCCACACCACAGCCUACCGUCCAGGCCGGCGCUGCUGGGCAACAUGUUUUUCCUCAACAACCGUUCAGCCAACCCCGGCCGGUUCAACAACCACAAAUACCUGAGGGAAAUGCCGCGGCAGGUGUGAAGCGUGGCGCCACCGGUGAAACGCAGGUCACCCCAGUUGCUGCGAAGAAAGCCAAGGUAUCCGCACCGCCAACUGCCAACCCUUCUCCUGCCGCUGUUCAGCCUUCUCCUGUCCCAGUUCAGGAUCAGCCCCAGAAGGUGUCCGGUCCCGUAUGUAGCAUCAGCUACCAGGAUACCAACCUCCUCUCAUCAGCUCGUGCUCGGCCGGGUGCGAGAUGGGUGGGUGUGCCAAAUCUUGUAGUCGAUUCCGCGCCAGUAAAACUCCAAAAGGGGACACCGACGAAGCGAUAUGUGACUCUGGCGACAAAGGGUGGUAAAGAUCCGUUGUUCUCCAAGAUGUGGCGGGCCUGGACCCCGGCGGAAAGUCUCGGAAACCACGCCAACACAUACCAAAAGGCGACGGAUGACUUGGACCGCCAGCGGGCUGAUAUCCGUCUUGACAUUGAGAUGAAGCGAGGGGCAACCGUAGCUUCCUUGAAGCCGCAGCGAGUUGACCCCCCAGCAGAGCCGCUUUUCUCGGGCCUUAAGGCAGUUGAGUAUCUACGUUUUCACCCAGCUCACCUUCGCAACCAAAAGGUAGCUGGAGAUGCCUGUUCCGAGUUUGCCGCGUUUCUUCACUCCAAGGCUGCGAAUGUCAAGUCUGCCCUGCAAGCCGCAGCUGAGAACCCCCCCAAAGGUGGCCAGGCCGAGAUCAAGGCGCGGACAGCCAAAGAACAGCUGGAGCGUGCCAUCGAGGAGGGCCUCCGGGUCGAGCCCGGCAAUCUAUUCGCGAAAUUAAGCGGCAGCAACAGGAUGCUUGCUGUUUUGAACAACGUUCUCGUGAAACUUACUAACGCGGGCGAGGCGAAUUCGUCCCUGGCCAAGGUAAUCCUUCGUCUGUAUACGCGGCUCACCAAGGUGACGUCCGAGCAGUUGCAAAAGCUGCAGUUGGACAAGUUAAGAAAGAAGCUGGGCAAGGACGGGGAUGAUGAGGCGAAAGCACUAAUAUCUCAGGUGUUUGACAAUGCCAAAGAGAAUGAUGAGGAUGAAAACGAGAACGAGAGCGACACGCCUAGCGCAGAGUCAGGUGCUCGUGGGAAGAAAGCUCCCCAUACGCAAGCCCGGAUGCUCUCAAAACAGAUGACUCCGGGAAGCGACCCAAAAAAGACGGCGAGUUCUUCCACUUCAAAACCUGCCACCUCAACUACCGACUCGCGAAAAUUCUCAUCCGCACCUCCAUCAUCAAAAACGAUGGCACCCGGUUCUGACCCCAACAAGACCGCCCCGAAGGCACCCCAAAAGGUACUUUCUGGGAUCAAACGGCCUCGCGAAGACGAUCCUACCGGUGCCGAGGUGCGCACAUCCAAAAAGCCCACGCCGGACACGUCGGCUAGUGGUGCGAAAGCAAUUCCAUCGGCCGCAAAGUCGCUGGCUACCCCCACCGGCAAACCUAUCAACACAAAACCGACGGCGGCGCCAACGGCUCCCGGCCCCGCGGCUGCUCAAACAAAACCUCGAUCCGCCCUUUUGCUUCCCGGAAAGGCCCGUCCGGCAGCCAAACCUCUGCCCAAGGCCGAACCCGCGAAGGCCGAGUCAACCCUCAAAGCCCCAACGGCAGCCGGCGCCGCAAAGUCGGCCAAACCCAAGCCUGUUGAAGCGGCUCCCGCGUCGAAGUCAAUCUUUUCAUCCUUGAUGAAAGAGAUUGUCGAGGAGAAGAAAAUUAAGACACCCAUAACCGACAAGAAAAAGGUGAACGCUCCUGACCCGAACGAGACACCGCAGGAGCGUGAGCGCCGUCUUCACAAAGAGAAGCGUCGGAGUCUUAGAGUCGCUUUCAAAAGUGGUGAUGCGCUGGUCGAGAUCCGUGAGUUCACGCGCCACCCCGAGGAGAUCGAAAGCAGCACAUCGCGCAACGUCAGGACCGACGGCCGCAACAAGAACAGCGAAGAGAGCCAGAUGAUGAAGCGCCUCCACGGCGGUCAGGGCAUCAAAGCCCUGGAAGUGAACGACCGAGAGUGGGAGGAGCCGACCGUCAUUAAUUUCGCCGCUACCAUCCCUCAAGAGAAGAGGGAAAAGACAUUUGUCACUUGUGGCGGCCUCAAGACUUUCGAGACCGAUGAGCAGAAGCUCACUAGGGACCGAGAGUCGAAGGAAUUGAUGGUCAUCUACCAUAACCGCGCCGACAUACCGCCCACUCCCAGAUCGCCACCUUACGAGCCGUCGCUUUCCGGAAACAGCGCCGUUCGCGAGGCGCACCUAUCUCCCGAGACGCCUGGGUAUGAUGAAAUGUUACAGCGUGGCCGGGAGUACAAGCAGUGGGGCCCUUAUCAUGCCUCUCGCGCGGCCCAGGCUCGUAUCGAUACCAAAGCCCGUCCGGACUAUGCCGAUUUCACCAAGACGCUCAAGUCUAUCAACUCCAUCGCCGACUCGUACAACGGGCAGGCUCUUCGCCCGCCCGAUGUCCGCCCUCGCCAGCCCGUUGCUCAGGCGGCCGUCAAAGAUCCCCGGUCCUGGUACGAGCCUGCUGUGGCCGUCCGCCGCGAUCAGCAAACCCUCGAGCUUAUAUCUUCGGAUCGGGCCAAGAACUGGCAGGACCCGGAUCCGUAUAACCAAUCCAUGCCGCGCAAGCUGACGGAGGAAGAGUUGGACAACGACCCUAAGCUCCAGAAGGUGCUCGCAAAUCUUCAGGCAAUUGCUGCGUCUCUGAAAGCGAACCAGGCCGAGCAGCCGCCCAACCAGAUCACGCCUACCCACCAGCUCACGCAGCGAGAGGCUCCUCAGCCCGUCACGGCACCGGCCGCUCAAGCUGCUGCCCAGGAUUACUCGGCCGCUUGGGCCCAAUACUAUGCUGCCCAACAACAGCAGCAAGGUUGGUACGGCCAGCAACAGAACCCGUACGCUCAGGUUCAGGCUUCACAGACCGCUCAUCAGCCGCCUGCCGACCCGAACAACCAAUAUGCGAGCAUCCUCGCGGCCCUCGGCGUCCAACAGCCCGCCGCCCAGCCUCAGUCGCAGUCUGCCGCGGACCAGAAUAGUCAAAUUCAGGCCGCAUUGAUGGCCCUUGCUGCUGGUAACCAAGGUCAGGCCACAGCCCCCGCUUCGGCUGACGCGCAGAACACCCAGUACCUGCUCGAUAUGGUUAAGAUGGCCACCAGCCAGAACCAGGGCCAGGCGCAAGCCCAACCGGCCCAGAACGCUUACCAGCAGUAUUACGCCCAAGCCGCCCAGGGUGCCCAGGGCUAUGGCCAAGGCUACGGCCAAUCCAACCAGGAGCUCGAGGCCUACGGACAGACAUAUGGUGGCAGUGGUGCAGGUGCCAGUGGACAGGACCGUGAUUGGGAGCGUGAGCGGGACAGCUAUGGCCGUGACCGUGACCGCAACGACCGCGACCGCGACUACCAGCGUGGCAAGGGCCGCAACAGUGGUGGUGGUGGUGGUGGUGGUGGCAAGAACGAUAACAUUCCCGAGCACCUCCGAGGCAUCAACCGCAACCUGAUCGGCACAAAGGCGUGUGCUUUCUGGGCGAAGGGCCAAUGUGCCAAGGGGGAUAAGUGCACUUUCCGCCACGACUAG